AUGUCUGAAAAAGCUUAACUCGCCAAGGAUGCAAUAAAGAGAAGACAAGGUGGAGGCAAGAGUCCAUCAAAAGCAACAGAAAAUGGAGGACAAUCAGGAUUAAAUUUCUAUUCUGGAGAUGUCUCAUCCCUAAAAGUUCAACCAAACACCGUACUUAUAAUUAGUCUUGUAUAUUUGGGAAUCGUUGUGCUCUUACACAUAUUCAGCAAACUUAGAUCAGGAGGAGCAGAAACUGCCCCUGAAGGACAAUGAUUCAUAUUAUAUUAUAUAAAUAUCUACGCAUGUUUUGUUUUA